AUGAUUGAUCCACCUGAGUCGAGACCCAGUUCUGAUCUUGUUACAGAAACUUCAAGUGCAAAAGAUAAGACUUCUGGAGCAGUGGUAAACUCAGCACUAUAUGGUGAUUCAGAUCUGACUUUUCAGAUACCGGACUGUUGCUUUGAUCUCACUUGCACUGGAUUAGUGCAAACUAGCUCGGAGAUAGCUCUUAGUGCAGCCAUUGAACCUAUAUCUACAUUUCAAUCCCAGUAUUGUAUCAAUGUUAGGAUGUUCUUGGAUGUGACCACAGGCAUUGGGUGGCUCUAUGGUAACAAUAAGCCAAGUGGAUACUGGCCUGGAAAUCUCUUUUCGUACCUAACCUACGGUGCCAUAUCAGUUGAAUGGGGAGAUGAAGUUUAUAGUCCAAAUGUGAGGAAAACUCCUCACACAAAAACAGCCGUCGGAAGUGGAUAUACUGCAGAGAAUUUAAAUGGUUUUGGUUGUUUCAUUAACAAUGUUAGGAUUGUGGAUUUUCACAAGUUUCUAAGUACCCAGAGUGGGUAA